GAACUACGAAAUAGCCUACAUGUAGUGUGCAAAACAUUUUACAAAGGUUUUUGCUUCUACGUGUCUGCAAUUAUCUUUCAUUUUUAUGUCAGUUGGGUGUGGGGUGCUACCCCUUUGAUGAGCUAGAUGGUUACAACGUAGAAGUUCAUCCAAGCAAUUACUGCUGGAUCGCAGCUAGAAACUGUGUGCCUCUGACAGGAAUUCGGCGCAGUUUAUUCUAUAACGCUUCCCCUUGAAUUUCACAUUUCCACGGUCUAAGACUGGCUUUAAUUACGCUACGAGUGCACAGCGGCUGUCUCAGCAGGAGACUGGAGUCAUGGAUGUGCAGCUGGAGGCAGAUACUGGAGACAUGGGCCUGGAUGGGCUUAAUGACCAUGCAAGCAGAGGGGACCACAACACACAAGCAGACCACAGCAGCGCCACGGUGGACCAUUCAGAGGCGACUUCUGAGGAGGCCCCAAGUUUGGAUAGAACAAAUCAAAUGAGUUGUGAUUCCCAUUUGACUGGUGAGGUCACCACCAGUGAGGACACCAGUCCCAUCCCUCAUGGUGCAUCUGACCUCACACAAAGAACAGAAUUUACCACCUGUGAGAAGCGCCUUAAGCACAGCAGCAUCCAGUCCGGGCAGGUAACCAAUGGGGCCCCACCUAUCCGCACCUCACCAUCUCUGUCAACCGGUCGGCUGAGCUGGUCCCCACCACAGUCCACCAAAAACAACGGGCAGGUCCAUCUGGACAAGAAGCACUUGCCAUCCACCUCCACAGCCAACAGCCAGCACAGCCUGAAGACCACAUCCCAGAUUCAGCAGGCGCCUGGAGAUGAUUGCUGCGUGCACUGUGUUCUGGCCUGCCUGUUCUGUGAGCUGUGGUCUCUGUGCUCCGUGAUGGUGCAGUGCCUGGCCUGUGGACAAGGCUGUGAAGCGCUGUGCUGCUGUGGGAGCGAAGCCACAGGAGACAUGGCAUGUGGAGAGGAUGCGUGCUGCGAUGCAUUGGAUUGUGGGAUAUUGGAGGACUGCUGUGAGUCCUCUGACUGUCUGGAGAUCUGUCUCGAGUGUUGCUCCAUUUGCUUCCCAGCUUAGCUGUGACCCAUCGUGAACAUUAACUAUUGCUACACAGGUCCCGAAAAUACAUAAUUAAAAAAAUGAAAUUUCAUUUUUGCUAGACUAUUAAAUAUAAUUUAAUUAUUUUACCCUGUGAGUGACGUUUCAUCCAGGGUUCCUGUGCUGUCUGGGAUAGGCUUUUGGGGCCCCCAGUGACCCUGACAAGGAUAACUGAUUGGAUUGAUGGAUGGAUAGACUUUAGCUUUACCUUAACACUCAACCUAGCAACUCGUCACUGUCAAAUGAGACACAUAUCUCCAAUAAUCCAUUAUUUCUGGAGAAAAAACACAUUCUCACAGAAAUUACUUUGCAACAUAAACCUAAAAGAACACAACUUAGUGACAGAAAUAGAUUAUCAUUACACACCCAUCAGUGAACUCUUCAAUGUUUUAAAUGGACUCACUUGGAUGAUUGAUAGUGAGGCAAAUAUACUCACUGACAAAAAUAGUUAAGCACCCAGAAGAAAUGGUCUGAUUUGGUGAUUGAAAUGUGAUUUGGUACGUGUGCAGACCAGCGAUGGGUAUGCAAAUUACUUGAUUUGCAAAGAACUGGAACUGCUAGUGGCUAGUGACCAGACACAGAUGACCCCUCAUAGAUGAAGUAGACAGCAUUACCAGCACUUGACAGAGUUUAACAGGGGUCGUGUUGUGGAUUUGCAUGAGGCUGGGGGGUCGUAUCAUGCGACUGCCCGGCAUGUGGGGGAUGCAGAUGUCACAGUCACCCGAUGUUGGAACCAAUGGGCACGUGAGGCACCCACACACGUCGUGAUGGUUCAGGUCGCCCAAGACAGACCACACCAAGGGAGGAUCGUCGCCAAGCAUGACUGAACCCCAUGACAUCAGCGUCUGCCAUCCAGACACAGGUAUUGGACUCUCUACAACACCCCGCGUCAUCCUGCACUGUGUCUCGGUGCCUGGCAUCAGCCGGACUCUGGGUUCACCACCCCAUGCAUAGGCAGACUCAAUGCCAGUCUGCAGGAUCUCGAGGGCCAGGCCAUUUACAACAGCUGUGGGCCGACUUGCCACAGGAGAGGAUACAAUGGCUGUAGGACUCCCUUCAGCAUUAUAUCACUGCAUGUAUCCAGGCCUGGGGGAACCUACUGACAUGGGACAUCAGCAACGUGCCCAUGCUGCCAACUCUGUUGUCCAUUUCAUCUGAUAUUAUAAUCACACAGAAACAAACUAAUCUUGCUCUAUAUUUCAAUUAAAAAUUCUUAGUUAGCUAGUUAUCUAGCUAUUAACGUUACGUUGUUAAAAUGAGUGAUAUAAUGAAGAAUCCAUAAAAAACUCAUCAUUUAUACAAACGAAUACAAACAUAAAUACUAGUAAAAUAGAUGACUUCAUACGCCUUUUCAUUGGUCAGUUAGAUGUUAAAUGCUAUCAGUAGACAGCAUUCUGUGAAGUUUUUUGCUUUCUGUCAUGUGGAGAUCCUUUAAUUACAGAAGUGCUGAAUGCACUGGAUCAAGGCAUUUGAUCUGAAUUCCAUGGUUAGAUAUGAUUAUUGAGGACGCUUCACAAGUGUAGGAUGCCAAACAAAUUAUAAAGUUAAUAGUGACCAGUUCUGUGCUCCCAUUUCUGUGACUGACAUUUUACGGAAAAAACGGAUCCAACAUGAGAAAUGAGAUUGUUUGUGUUUCAUAUCCCAAAUGAUGAUUUCAGGUAAAUUGAUUGUGGUGCUGUUUGUCAUGUCACACGAGUCCAGCAUAUCUGGACAACAGUUAUAAUUUAUGAUAUAUUAAUCAUACAAGCUUUAAUCAGACAUGGAGUCACAACAGCAACCAGCCAAACUCGGAUCCCAGUUUUUUUAAGUCUUGCAUGAAUCCUUGGUGCACUGAAAAAUGAUGCUCAAAUGAUGCUAAACUUCUCACUGAGACUUGCAUCAAACUGUGAACCAAAAGCCAGGAAACGAAGUAUUUCUUAGUUUUUCCCAGAAUGUUUAAGUAUCGUUUGCUGUAGUUUCAGUGAAGUGAAUGUGGUGACCAUUAUUUUUAUACGUUUCUUUCGUGUGGUUCUUUCUUUCUAGUUAUCCCCAGACUAUUAAAUGUAAUUUUUUCAUCGUUAAAAAUCAAUUUAAAUGUGAAGAUCGUAAAUAUAUUAACAAUUACGAUCCACAAUUAAAAAUAUUUUUAUAUGUUUAAAUGGGGGUUUUGUAUGCCCGCGUGUGCAUUACAGUGUCUGUAGUUAUUACACAUCUGUCAGUGUUUGGGGGCUUUACUGAGGUGAUGCUGAAUGUCAGAGUCAAGCAAUAUAAAGAGUCGUUGUCUCACUCUCCCCCCUCCUCGGGCCCGUUUUGCAGGACUUCCAGUCCUCAGUCAAUGUGCAUUAAAAAAAAACAAAAAAAAUAUAUGUUAUAGGUUACUUUGGGUCUGCAGGCCUUUUAUUUUAUGUAAUGUCAAAAUAAUAAAGUAUUUUUCAUCCCAUCA